UAUUUUUCUCGAGGUUUAGGGCUUCUUGGCGAUGGCUAUGGCGGGAUGCUCCUGCGUUCUUCGUCCAGCUCUUGGCGCUGGGUCGAUUGGAUUGCAGCCAAGAGCUCCAAGUUCCUCUUUGAUCUUUUCGCCGAGGAGGCUAUCAAGACCUGGGGCUGUGAAAGCAUUGUUUAAAAGGAAACAAGCAGCCAAGAUCGUGAGGGAGACCGUCAUUCCAGCACCUGAUUAUCGCAUUCCAGUCGUUCUUCUUGGUGCUGCUGGUGCUCUAGUUUACACGGACAAUUUGCUUCCAGCAGCUCCAAUUGGUUUGCUCGGCCUUCUUCUCUUAUUCCAGACUACCCGAGUGAAAUUCGUGUUCGAUGACGAAGCUCUGGAAGUAAAGAUCGGCUCGGAGCUACAGGAAUCCGGAGAGAACGUCUUCGUCGGCGGAAAAAACCGGUGGAAGUACUCAACCUUUACAAACUGGGAGCUAUGGUGGCCGAGCUUUCCAGUCCUCGUCUACUUCAAGGAGACACAAACCAAGCCGGAGGGCCAAGUUCACUUUUUUCCAGUGAUCUUUGAUGGUAAGCGGCUCUACGACGUGAUGGUAGAAAGAGCCGGCCCGUCAAAAACUAGCGGCCCAAAGUGAAACAAGCAGUUUUUCCAAAGUAACAGAAUAUGCUUCUAACGGAGAUGUGCCUUUAAAAUGACGUCUCUCUUUCCAAGUAUACGCAAUCUGGACUUUUUUUCCCAGGAGCCCUAAUCGUUUGAUUGCG